GGUCUGGAGAGGCUCUGGGUUCAGGUACAUCCGGGGCUUGAGUGUUCAGAUCUCUAAGGAUGAGAUGGAUUUGUCCCAUCAAGUGUUUCUUGAGCACUUGCUACAUGUCACUUACUACACUUAGUUUUUAUUGAGCUCUGCUUGUAGGUAGUGGCGAGGUUAGGCCGGGCUCUUCUCACCAACAGUCCUAGAGUCCUGGUUGGGAGUGUCAUCGUUGUGGGGACGGUUUUCUUUGCAAGGAUCGGACAUAGACACAGGGCCUGUCAGUCCAGUGUAAUUAACAGGAGGUAGCUCCUGAAUGGCCCCCUUUCACAGGGCAACCCUCCACGGACCACUCAGCGCAGGUUUGGGGGGGGUCUGAAGAUGGGCCCUAAACUCGGGGCGCCGCCUGGGGUCACGUGACGCGCGUGUAGGUUGAGUGACAGGCGCAGCGUUGGGCGGGCCUUGGCGGAAAUCAACUUCCGGGGGCAGAGGUGAUCGAAGCCGGGGGGUUCGUGGGCUACCGCAGCUCGGGCAGCGGCGGCUGCGGAGCGUCCACGGGUGCGGGGUCGGGCCCGGGGGCUGCGCGUGCGAGCCUGCGCGCUGGGGGCGGCUCACCUGGCCGUGCGGGUGAGCGGCGCGGCGGUGGCGGCGGCGAGAGCGGGGAGCAGGUGAACUUGAAAAAUGGAUGAUGACGACUUUGGUGGUUUUGAGGCUGCAGAGAUUUUUGAUGGUGGAAAUGGUGAAACCCAAACUACAUCUCCUGCCAUUCCUUGGGCUGCUUUCCCUACAGUGUCUGGAGUCCAUCUUUCUCCAGCUUCUCCUGAGACUGUGCUGGACCGUGACUGCUGCUCCUCUUCCGCCGGCUGCCCUUCUGAGCCCAUCAUUCCGUCACCGGAGAACGCACGCGCAGACGACAGCGUGGUGGGCCGGCCUGCCCCUGAAGCCCGGACUCAGCAAUCAACACGUACUCAUCUGGAUAUCUCCCUUUUCCCAUUACAUUUAACUGAUGAGAAAAGUAAUGGAACCAUAGCUCUUGAGGAUGAUUCUGAGGACCCUGGAACCGAAGCCUCAAACAUACAGCUUCAGCAGGAAAUUUCAAGUCUGGAGACUAAACUCAAAGUUUCUGAAGAAGAAAAACAGAGAAUUAAAAAGGAUGUGGAAUCAUUGAUGGAAAAUCAUAGUGUCUUAGAAAAAGAUUUCCUUAAAGAAAAAGAGCAAGAGGCCAUUUCUUUUCAAGAUAGAUACAAACAACUUCAGGAAAAGCAUAAACAAGAAUUGGAAGAUAUGAGGAAAGCUGGUCAUGAAGCCCUCAGCAUUAUUGUGGAUGAAUACAAGGCACUCCUGCAGUCUUCAGUUAAGCAACAAGUAGAAGCUGUUGAAAAACAGUACAUUUCUGCAAUUGAGAAACAAUCACACAAGUGUGAGGAGUUGCUAAAUGCUCAGCAUCAGAGGCUCCUUGAAAUUCUGGAUGCAGAGAAGGAACUAUUAAAGGAGAAAGUAAAGGAAGCUUUGAUUCAGCAGUCUCAGGAGCAGAAGGAAAUACUGGAAAAAUGUUUGGAGGAAGAAAGACAAAGAAAUAAAGAGGCAUUAGCAUCUGCUGCAAAGGAAACUGUUAAGGCAGCAAUAAUAGAAGAGCAGCAGCGAAGUGAAAAGGCUGUGGAAGAGGCAGUGAAAAGAACAAGAGAUGAAUUGAUAGAGUAUGUGACAGAGCAGAAAAGGCUUGAUCAAGUCAUCCGCCAAAGAAGCCUGUCCAGCCUGGAACUGUUCCUGUCCUGUGCUCAGAAACAGUUAGGUGCUUUAAUAGCUACGGAACCAGUUGACAUCGAAUAAAGCGGACAUGACAAGUGAACCCGCACUGGCAGUGGACGAAUCAUUAGGCCUCUGAAAUACACGCUGUGAAUUAUAAAGAUGCUUCUGUUUUCUUUCCAAAUCUUGAUUUCCACUUUAAGAGUAAACCAAAAGAAAAAACAUUUAGAACUAUCAAGAGAUCUAAGUUAUUUUCUUUGUUUUUUCCUUUUCAUUUACUAUCAUUUUAUUAGUAGUAAUAACAACAGAACGUAUGAUGAGACCCAAAAACCAUUCAAAAUUGCCACAGUACCACAAGUUAGUUAAACUUUAUACCGCCUUGUGGCCUGUUAAUACUGUAAUUGGCAAAGAGAAUAAAUAUCCUUAUUUAUAACAUCACAGACUCUUAAUAAGAUUGCUGAGAAUGUGAUCAUUUGUUGGAUUUUGAGGAUGGAGACAGCAUGGACUUCAGCAUCACCUUUUUAUCCGUGUGGCUUGGAGAGAGCGCACCGCUCUGAUGGAGAACAUUCUGACAUUACCAGACCUCUUUUCUGUAGUGAAAUCUAUGUAUUUUCACUGGUAACAAUUACAAACACUGAACGUUAGUUCAACUUUGAUCUGACAUACCACUUAAAAGAGUAUGUUUGUAAUAUAUGCUUAUUUCCUAUUUUUGUUCUUCAAAGUCAAUAUAAAUCAAUAAAGUCAUUUUCUUACCGUGAACUCAAUGUCUAGAAAGAGAAUGUAACUAAAAAUAUGUACUUAAUUCGGAGCAGUAAUGCUUCAAUGCAAAAUCAUGAGUUUUUUUAACGUCAAAACUCAAAUGUCAUUAACAUGUAUGCAAAGAAUUUGUCUUGUUUUCUGAAAUGCUUCUACUUUCAUGGGCUUUGUACUUUACUGGGAUUUCUCGGUGUAAUAAAAAGAGCUGCAAAAUUGUA